UGCCAGAGUAUGUGGAAAUUAUGGGUGAGACCAAACACUAGAAAGUUUUUUAAAAAAUGAGUUACAUUAACUAAAAAAAAACAGAACUGCUAUUUCAGCUCUAUUUUUUUCAGAGUUUAUAGAAAUAUUUUUGUUAUUGUACUGCGAUUAUUUGACAGUCAUUCCUUAGCCUAGAGUUUUCCCAGAAUGCCUUUGGACAUUAGACACUUUUGCACCAUUGGUGAAGUUACUCACUCAGUUAGGAGAGCAACCUUCGGGGCGUAACAGUAAUAUACAAUGGAAGGUCCUCUAAACAUGAUGGAAGAGGACUUCCUGUGGUAGAAACAAGGGAUCAUGGCAGUGGAUGAGCUUUCAAUAAGAGAGCAUUUCUGCAGCUACACAUUAGGUCAACUUUAACAUCAAUUAUCAGAACCAAAUGAGGGCAGAAAUUUAAUCAGAUUAGAGCCUGGCAGCAUGCCGGCACAUUCCCUGGAUUUCUUUUUAAUGCAGUUGGUGUUUGAGGUCAGAGGAUGAACGUCCUAUGCAGAUUUCAGUUCUUUACUGCAGAGACCCUGCUUACAACAAGGCUGCAGAACACAAAUCUGCACCGGGAAGCAUGAGAGUGCACCUUUGGUCCCUGUUGUGCAACUUUUCAGGGGUGUUCCCCAUGCUGCAUUAAUCAUUUGCACAUAAAAGUCUUUGCAGAGAUCUCUGAACAUUUGAUUCUGAUUACAGCUGUGCAGGAUCCUCUGCAGUGCUGCAGGUGACUGAUUUGGAAGGAAUGCAUCGAGAGGAAUUUCUGCCAGUCAGACCGGUUUACUGUGAGAGAAAAAUAAUACCUGUCAUUCCUUUCUAUACUACUGUGCUGUUACAUAAAGGCUGUCAGAGAGCAUGCAGGAGUUUGACAAUGUGUGCACCAUGUGUACGAACAUUCACACCCUAAACCUGCUCACACAUGAACCACUCUAAUGUGUGGACAGAGAUCAAGAUGACUAGAGCUAUUAAUGUCACAUCACAGCUGUCAGUAAAUGAAGACUUCCUGUGUGGGUUUAGGUGUGUCUUUUGUUUUGUGGCUGUCUGAUGGCUCAAAGUUGAACUAUAUAAUUCAGAUUAGCAUUAAUGCUGAUGAAUGAACACCGAGCAGAGCAGCUCUGCUCACAGGAGAACAACAAAACAUGGACCCGCUUUGGUUGCAGUUCCCUGAGGUGACUUCUGCAAAAGCUCUCGGCAGCAGCCCGGCUUGUGAGCACAGCGACCCGCCCAGCGUACAGGCGUGUCUGAGUCGAGCAGGUGGUGGGAGGUCCGACAGGAACAGAAGAGAGGUCAAUGGAAGAGUCCCUGGCAGCAGGCCGGGUUCACAGACUAAACCACAAGUGCCUCCAAAGCCGCCACAUCUCCAGAGCCCGGUGACGGAGCCUACCUCUCCGUGGGGCCGCAGUCAGAAACCACUGUUCAGACCGGGUAUGGAGGAGGGAGGGGGACAUGGAGGAGGAGGAGGAGGAAGAGGGGCUGCAACCAGAGAGAGAGCCAGAGAGAAACACUCCAAAGUGUCGGACCUCAUCAGCCGCUUUGAGGAGAACAGCAACACAGACAGCAAGAGAGACGGCUCUCCGCUCAAAAACAGCAAGUCGUCAAACUGCAGCCCAGCUCACCGCGCCCAGCAGAGGCAGACGGACACCGGCAGGACUCAGGAGAGCCCCUCCUCCGCUCCGGCCGAGCAGCAGGAUGCCCACAAACGGGCGGCUAAUGGGGUGAUAGUGCAGAUGGAGAAGGAGAAGCCGGAGAGGAACGAUGAGAGGAUAGAGACUGUGGGGCUGGUGAACGGAGAUAUGGGGGACGGGAGCACGGAGCAGAGUGAUGAGGCUCCUCACACAGAAAGGACUGGCACAGAGAGCCACUGUGAGGGAGAGGACAGUAAAACAGAGAGCAUGCAGGGCAGUGAAGAAGGGAGCACGGAGCAAAAGGAGACAAAUGAGCAGAAGCUGUUUAAGAUCGCCAGCGAGCUCUUGCAGACAGAGAAGGCCUACGUGGCUCGACUAAACCUGCUGGACCAGGUAUUCUGUACUAAGCUAAUGGAGGAGGCGAACAAAGGGACGUUCCCUGUGGACGUAGUGAAGAACAUUUUCUCCAACAUCACCUCCAUCAACGCCUUCCACAGCCAGUUUCUGCUGCCAGAACUCGAGAAACGGAUGGGAGAAUGGGCCUCCAAACCUCGCAUCGGAGACAUCCUGCAGAAACUCACACCCUUCCUCAAAAUGUACGCUGAGUAUGUGAAGAAUUUUGACCAUGCCAUGGAGCUGCUCAAACAGUGGACUGACCGCUCACCACAGUUCAAGACCAUCAUUCAAGAGAUCCAGAGUAUGGACAUGUGUGCCUCCCUGACGCUCCAGCAUCACAUGUUGGAGCCGGUGCAGAGAGUUCCUCGCUAUGAGAUGCUGCUCAAAGAUUACCUGAAGAAGCUUCCUCAGGAUGACCCUGACAGGAGAGACGCAGAGAAAUCCUUAGAAAUCAUCGCCACAGCUGCUACUCACUCCAACAGCGCCAUAAGGAAAUCUGAGAACCUGAAGAAGCUGAUGGAGAUUUAUGAGAUGCUGGGUGAGGAGGAGGACAUCGUUAACCCCUCCAACGAGUUCAUCAAAGAGGGUCACAUCCUGAAACUGGCCGCCAGGAACACGUCAGCCAUGGAGCGAUACCUCUUCCUGUUCAACAACAUGCUGCUGUACUGCGUGCCCAAAUUCAGUCUAGGAGGGCCCAAGUACACGGUGAGGACAAGGAUCGGCAUCGACGGCAUGACGGUCCGGGAAACUUCAAAUGAGGACUACCCUCACACCUUUCAGGUGUCAGGGAAGGAGAGAACGCUGGAGCUACAGGCCAGCUCAGAGCAGGACAAGGCAGGCUGGAUUAAGGCCUUCCAGGAGACCAUCGAGAUCUUCCAGCAGAAGAACGAGUCGUUUAAGAACGCUCUGAAGGAGGUGGAGGAAGUGUCGAACGCAGAGCUGGGGAAGAGGGCUCCUCGCUGGAUCCGCGACAAUGAAGUGACGAUGUGCAUGAAAUGUAAAGAGCCUUUUAACGCCCUAACACGGCGGAGACACCACUGCAGAGCUUGUGGAUUUGUGGUGUGCUGGAAGUGCUCCGACAAUAAGGUGCCCCUCGAGUACGAUGGAAACAAGGUGAACAAAGUGUGCAGAGACUGUUACUCCAUCCUGACAGGAGAGACGAUAGCAGAGGGCAGGAAGAAGGGCAUCCUGGAGAUCGAAGCUGCUCAGUUCUCAGGCAGCAGCAUCAUGUGUGGCUUCCUGCAGUACUGUGAGAAGAACAAACCGUGGCAGAAGGUUUGGUGUGUCAUCCCUGAGAAGGAGUGCCUGGUGCUGUACCUGUACGGAGCUCCACAGGACGUGAAGGCCCAGUGUACCAUCCCUCUCCUGGGCUACUCUGUGGACGACACGGCCCGGCCCACGGACCCUCCGGCUACCUUCCGCCUCUCCCAGUCGAAGUCCACGCACAACUUCGCUGCGGACACGGAGGAGCUGAAGCAGCGCUGGCUCAAGGUGAUCCGGGUGGCAGUGACGGGAGAGAUGCCUGAAUGUCCUCAGACAAACGGCAACAACUCAAACAUCAUGGACAACAACAACACACAGGAAGCGAGCACGGACAGCUCAUAAACAGAAGCUCGUGAAAAGACACCGUGUGCACGUGUGCAGCACACAAACACCUGAAUGCACACCUCUCAUGCUGUCCGUGAAUCUGAAUCUUAAAGACUUAAAGAGUGCUGGAUUUGCUGCCUUUCCUCACCACCUUCUGUUUUUCCUUCUUGGAUUUUACUCAUAAAGCUACUCGAGGAUUUUCGAUCCGCUGUUAGAGCUGUGCUGGAUUAUAAAGGACCCGUCUGGUACAAUCAACACUAGAGCACUGAGGCCUCAGGAUUGACUCAGACAGGCUCCAUAAAGGUUGACUCAAACUCAUCAUAGACUUCAAACCUGUGUCAGCUCUUCUCGAGCCGUUGGACGAUCACAGACUCAUGCAGCGCCCCAUUUAGGAUGUGAAUCAAAGCGAACUGAAGUCUGCUGGUGCUUUAACUCAACUCUGUGUUCCUGUACAGUUUAAAUGUCUUCAAAAGAGGAGCCGUUGUGUUUUUAUGUACAGAAAUCAGUCCCUUUCUGUUUUGAUAACAUAGAGAACUAUGAUAAAGUAUUUACAGUAUUGCCCCGUUUCUGUGCGAUCCUGUGGUUUAAUAGCAAUGCUCUCGUUUCAGUCAUCAGUGUGGAUUUAUAAACACUCCAUCAGACUCUGUAGAUACGUUGCCUGAUCUGUCUGCUUUGCAAUUAGUUGCACCUCUUUUUAAUCAGCUAAAAAAAAAAAACAAAUCAGUACUGCUAACAGAUGAGGAAUUGAUGUAUGAAGUACCCAACAAAACGUAACAUUUCAUCACAUUGAUGCAACAUUCCUGUAAAUCCAUUGCAUAAAUAAUUCAGGGUUGCUUGUUGAUUGCAACAGUGCCAAUAAGUGAGCAGCUAAAAAACGACAAGGCUCUGCAGCAGUUUAGCAAUGCUUACUAAUGAAGUUUGACGAUUACAGCAUAAAGUGAUUUUUGUACAGUCAUAAAUGUGUCCAAAAAAGUCCCAUGAUGCAACUCAACUGCAACCAAAAACAGACUUUCCCUUCUCACAAACACCAAGAUGUCUCGUCGAAUAUUUAUAUUAACAGUACGAAGAAGAAGACGAAGAUAUUCCUGCACACUUCCUCGGUUGUUUCUAUUUGGUUUUGUCCUGUGCAGAAGUUUUAGGCAUGUAGGGCACUUAAGAGGCCCAGGACCAAUGUGGUGAGGAGGGAGCUGGGCCGGAAGCUUUCAAUUCACCAGUCAAUCUUCGUUCCAGCCCUCACCUAUGGUCAAGAACUCUGGGUAAUGUCAGAAAAAUGAGAUUGCAGGUUCAAAAUGAGAUUCCUCAGGAGGAUGUCUGGGCUUAGCCUUAGGGAUAGCCUUAGGGAGCUCAGACAUCUGGAGAGAUCUUGAAGUAGAGGUGCUGCUCCUUCGCCUCGAAAAGAACCAGUUGAGGUGGUUCAGGCAUCUGAUCAGGAUGCCUCCUGGUUGCCUCCCUGUGGAGGUCUUCCUGGCAUGUCCAAGUGGGAGACUCUGGGACAGACCCAGGACUUGAUGGAGGGAUAAUCCCAUUUGGCCUUUGAAUCUCUCAGGAGGAACUGGAAAACAUUGCUGGAAAAAGGGAUGUCUGGGUUGACUUGCUUUGCCUGCUGCCACCGUGACCCAACCCCGGAUAAGCGGAAAAAGAUGGACGGGCAUUCAUGAAAGAAACAAGACUAUUAAUUGCAAAUGAGGGAAUAUAUAAAGAAGUUAUUUAAUUUUUGAGGGAAUCAAAAUUAAGAGGGGGUUGCUUGACACGGCAAAGUCUGGGAACCCCUGUUCCAUUCUCGAUUAACAAAUUAUCAUGAAAAAAUCUGCUUUGUUAGCCCUAGACUAUGGGAGAAAGUAGGUCUGGAUCUCGAGGAAGCAACCAAAAUCUACUUUUUUCAUGCAAAAACUUAGUGAAUUAAUAUCUAAGGAUGUUUGCCCUCUCAGGUCUUCAUUCGUCUAAAACUUUUUUGCCACAGUUUUUCCAGGCACAUGUUCAAAGCCCAUUUUCAGGCCCCAGCCCACCAGCUGAGAGUUACUGGCACUGAGCAUCUGUGCAGGCAUAUCCUCCAUGUUUUCUUUCUGUUAAUGAAUUGCACCAUAAUGUGCAUAUAACCAGCCUUUUUUAGGCCUAACAAAAAAACUCCCUGAAAAAAAUUUGCAUUUUAAGGAUUAUUUGUCCCAAACCCAUGAGUCUGAUCAUGCUGUUUUCAUUAAAUUAGCACCCUGCAAACAUGAACUCGAGUACCUCCUAAUACCAGAUGGAUAACAGGUGCACUGAAGAGCAAAGCUCCAGAUUAGGACCUUCACUUUUUGCGUAGAGCUGAGCGAGGAUCAUCAUUGUCUUUGUGUGGCAGGUUUUCUAUUCAAAUGCAGCACAAUCACAGAUUUAGAAAGCUGGUGUGAGAAAUGUACAUGUGUUUUUAAUGCUGUAAUUAAUUUUAUUAUUUAAAAUAAUUUAUAGAGUAUGACGAGCAUGAUGUUUAAGUAGCACAAAGAUGUCCCCUCGGUCAACUCAGAAGAGCAGUAGGUAGACGUCAUUUUCCCUGGGAGCGGAUCGAGUCGCAUCCUUUCUUCACGACCAGCUGUGUAUGUCUGAACAUUCCCCCCUCCUCAGUAUUCAAAUAAAAACACCAGAGCACAAAGUUCUGUCUGAGAGAUCUGAAUGUAAAUCCAGAUUUGUUUGUGUCCUCAUCUCCUCCCCAAAGGUUUGAGAAUCGACGCACUUUACAGGCUUAUAAAGUGUACCUUCAGAGAAAAUUAAAGAUGUUCAAUAUGA